UCUCCCCAUUCUCUCCUUCCUCUGCCUCUCGUCUUGUCUACGCACGCCUGACGAACCCUAGCUCGCUCCUCGCUGCGCCGCCGACCGCCGAUCGAGCUCACCGCGAACCCCUACGCUCCUCCGCUCCUGCGCCGCCUCCCGCGACGCCGGGCUGUCCACGGCCGCCGGUCGAGCUCGCCGCGACGCUUUCUCUCUGGCUUCCUUCCCACUUCCCCCGCGGCGCCCAACGCGUCCGUACAGGCGUCGGGCUCGGGCGCUCAGAGCAGCGGACCGGCCCUCAGCUCGGGCCUUCAGCCGUCUUCAGUCCAGUGGCAGGUUGACAUUUCCCAUCCAGUGUUUCUGCCAACUCUUGAUGUGUUAAGGAUAUGAACACUAAGACUUGACACCUCAAUGGAGCCUCGAAGAGAUGCAGUUGGCUCUGCGGCACAAAGAGCCAUGCAUGUGCCAUCAACUUCAUCAUCCAACACUUCUCGUGUUCCAGAGUAUCAUGUGCCAGGCAUUGUCAAGCCUGUUCUCAAUUACUCCAUACAGACCGGAGAGGAGUUUGCCCUUGAGUUUAUGCGGGACCGUGCUAUAUCCAAAAAACACUUGGUCCCUGGUACAUCGGGAGAAAAGAAUGCGGCUGCAUCUGGUUACAUGGACUUAAGUGGAAUGCUUGGUGCCUGCCACACAGGAUCAGAAACUGGCUCAGAUGUAUUCGUGCUUACAGCUGUUGAUACUCAGCGACAAAAAGAGCCUGAAAGAAAAUCUUUGGCUCAAAAUCAAAACAGAGGCAGGCACACAUCGACUAGGUCAGUUCCACAAGCUUUGUCAGGUGAUGGCAGCAGUCGGGGACUAUCUUAUGGCUAUGCUUCAUCUGAAGCUUCAGAUACCUCUAGGAGAAUCAAAUUCCUAUGUAGCUUUGGGGGUAAAAUUUUACCCCGGCCUAGUGAUGGAAAGCUUAGGUACGUCGGUGGUGAGACACGUAUAGUCCGAAUCAGCAAGGAUAUUUCCUGGGAGGAGCUCAAACAAAAGACAAUCAGCAUCUUCAACCAACCCCAUGUCAUCAAGUACCAGCUCCCAGGCGAAGAUCUUGAUGCUUUGAUCUCAGUGUCAAGUGACGAGGAUUUGAGAAACAUGAUGGAUGAAUUUGGGAUGAUUGAGAUCGAAGAAGGUUCUCAGAAGCUUCGGGUUUUUCUGUUUUCCUCACUCGACUUUGACGAUAUGGGCUUUAACCUAGGUAGUACAGAUGGUGAUUCUGAGAUCCACUAUGUUGUCGCUGUCAAUGGAAUAGAUGUAGGGUUUGGGAAGCCUUCAAGUGGACAUGGUUUAACAAGCACAUCCGUGAGUAUGCUGGAUCAGUUCAUUAAUAUCAAUACUGAUAGUGAUCAGUCAAACCUAAACCGGGACAGGUCAGAUUUUCAUGGUAUGCAUGGGCCAUCUUUUGCGCCUUCUGCUACUAUCCCAACAGCAACACUGCCGAGCUUAUCCAGUGAUUACACUGCAAAUAUGCAAUCUAACCAAGGACAUGAAGUGCAGUACGCUCAGGAUUCUAGCGAAAAGUUCUAUGACAACAAUGAGAGACGUAUCUCUAUGCCUCUAUCUUUCCCCUCAGAUUUUGGAGGCACCUCUCAGUAUGUGGCACAUUCUGGGGCUGCAUCUUUGGCAACUUCUGACCAACGGUCUUAUCAGGACGGCUUUAUGAUUCAAGGGUCUGUAAAUGACGCAAAGCAGGCUUCCGAGAACACAUGGCAUCAGAAAAAAGAAGUGGACUACUUCCAGUCACUCAAGAAUUUGAGUACUCCUGUGCAGCAAAACGAUCUGCCUGUUUCAAAUAGCAUGCAUUUGGAAGUGCCCCCUGAUUCUUCUGCUCAAGAAAGUCUGACCUCUUUUCUUCAACCAAGUGACAGUGGGAAGAGCUUAGAGAUUCAUAUGGCAUCAAAGGCUACAUCUGUGACUCAUGGUUCAGAGUUUAAUGAAGAUGACCGCCAGUCCUCUGGUGGAGCUUUUGUAUCUGGAUGUUCUGACUUUGAGUGUGACAUGACCGAUCAUGGGAUCGAGAAUCCACAACCUGGUGCUGGGCGGACCUUUCAUUCUGAACGGAUUCCUAGGGAGCAAGCAGAGUUCCUGAACCGGUUAUCAAAAUCUGAUGACUCAGGUUCUCAAUUCCUAAUACUUCAGUCUCAGUCUGGUGUGGCUAAUGAAUCCACUGCAGAUGCUGCUGAUUCUGUUGAAGGAGCUGAAAAAUCAAAUUUAGGCGCUCCAUCACUGGAUUUGAAUGACCCUUCUAGUGAUGAUUGCCUAGUACAGUUUGAGAAAAACUUCGCCCAAGCUGUUCCGCAGCCGAGCCAAUUUGGUAUAAUCAUUCCUCCAGAAGAAUCAGAUGCUAAAAGGAUAUCAGAAAAUCAUGUGGUUGAACAACAUGCCAGUGAAAAGAGGGCAUUGGAUGGCCCUAUUAUAAAUACAGAGAAAAUUAUGAAUUUAGCUGAAAAGACUCCAGCUAAAGGUAAUUUGAAAGCGACUCCCACCAAUAGAAUACAAAGUGCUAAGAAGCAGCAAGGAAGUGAUGCUGCUAUGGCACGUCGUGUUAGUUGGGAGGCCCCCAAGACAGUGGCCCCCAAUGAUGUUAAGCAUGAUCCAGCCGUGCCAUCGUCCGCGGGCAAUACUGGAGCUGUUCCAGAUGGUGAAUCUGUUGCUGCUAACAUGGAGAACAGAGAUAUAUUUGUUGAUAUCAAUGAUCGCUUCCCUCCUGACGUUCUUUCCGAUUUCUUUGCAAAGGCUAAAGAUGCAUCACAGUCAUCAACUCCUUUUAAUGGCCCUGUCCUUAGCUUGAACAUGCCAAACUAUGAGCCCCAGAGCUGGUCUUUUUUCAGAAAUCUUGCAAAAGAUGAGUUUCCAAACAAGAAUAGUGAUCAAGGCCUGGCAAAGAUUGACGAAGGGAUUUAUACAUUCACAGAAGCAGAUAAUGAUGCAAUCAGCAUGAAUGCCUUGAAUCCUAAAUUUGACUUUGACGCUGAGAAGAAGGCAGAGCCUGCGACCCCGGUUGUUGAUCCUAGCAACAUGCCUCAGGCCUCAUCACACAUUGACCAUGGCCCAACUAUGGAGAGGAGCUUUGAAGCGUUUCAAGUUGACAAUCCAUAUGCACCUAUGGGGGACAGUAUGAGACCACCUGCUAUGGAGUUUGAGGAACCAAAGUUUGAAGAGGACAAAGCUGUUGGACUUGUCAUGGAUGCUUCUCUUCGAGAUUCUGAUUUUGAGCACCUGCAGAUUAUCAAGAAUGAUGAUUUGGAAGAGCUUAGGGAACUUGGUUCUGGCACUUUUGGAACCGUGUACCAUGGAAAAUGGAGAGGAACUGAUGUGGCUAUUAAGCGUAUCAAGAAAAGCUGUUUCACAGGCAGAUCUUCUGAGCAAGAAAGACUAGCACAUGAAUUCUGGCGAGAAGCUGAGAUUCUGUCAAAGCUUCAUCAUCCAAAUGUUGUAGCAUUUUAUGGUGUCGUGAAGGACGGGCCAGGCGGUACCUUGGCAACCUUGACCGAGUUCAUGGUUAAUGGUUCUCUUCGGCAUGUCUUGCAGCGGAAGGACAAGUCCCCUGACCUCCGUAAGCGACUUAUCAUAGCAAUGGAUGCAGCGUUUGGAAUGGAAUAUUUGCAUUCGAAAAACAUUGUGCAUUUCGACCUGAAGUGUGAUAACCUGCUGGUUAACCUCAGAGAUCCGUCACGCCCUAUCUGCAAAGUUGGUGAUUUUGGCUUAUCCAAAAUCAAGAGGAAUACCUUGGUUUCGGGUGGUGUGAGGGGGACGUUGCCAUGGAUGGCCCCAGAAUUGCUGAAUGGGAGCAGCAGCAAGGUAUCGGAGAAGGUGGAUGUGUUUUCGUUUGGUAUCGUCAUGUGGGAAAUCUUGACAGGAGAGGAACCUUAUGCCAAUAUGCACUAUGGUGCAAUAAUAGGUGGCAUUGUGAACAACACACUGAGGCCGCCUGUGCCGGCAAACUGCGACCCGGAAUGGAAAAGGCUGAUGGAGCAAUGCUGGUCCCCGGACCCAGCACAGCGCCCGGCCUUCACCGAAAUCGCCGGACGGCUACGGUCCAUGUCAGCAGCGGCGAACCAGGCGAGGGCAGCGGCGGCGGCGGCGAAAUAGAGAAGAGCCCCAGUUCCCCCUGGGGCAGGCAGGGGUUUAGGCUGGAGAAAUAUAUACUUGUGCGUGGUGUAUGUAGUAGUAUUGAUUCUUAUAGAGUGUAAAGAUAUUUGUCGAAAAAAUGAACUAAAUGUGGAAAGAUAUAUAUGUACAAGCAAUCGCCUAUUUAAUAUUUAUACAUUGGCUCAUAGCAUUCGGUGUU